AUGGACGACUACCAGUUCCAGGACUUUGGCAACGUUGACGACACCGCCCUGCAGACCCCUCUGUGUUUUCCAAUUGGUUACUCGGGCUGGGAUAGUCAAGCAUACAAUGUCCCUCAAAGCUGGAUCACGACACCGAACACAUUCGACUGGCAUACAGGGGUCCAAGACCAUAUCAAUCCAAACAACUACAUUCCCCCCGAGACUCAUGUAGGCUGGCUUGAACCGGUGUUGUCAACCCCGCUAGGAGGGUUUGAGCUCUCCAGGAAUGAUGCUGCACUUCAAGAUUUGAAUAACUACUGGAAUAUCACGCUCCCGGAAGUUGGCUACACCGAAAGUAGCACUGUCGGUUCUGGAUUGAGCUCUCUUUCUACAGUAGACCCGGCUGUCGAGAUCAGGCCUGCUAGCUUUGCAGCGCCACAGUAUCAGCCGCAUCAUGUCAAAAAGAAGUGUGCCAUAAAACAAUGUGGAUUCCACUAUGUCGUCCCACAAGAUGGCAAACAUCAUAUGCAGACUAUGCAUCAGGGCAUGACUUCAUGCGAUCAGUGUCAGGAAGUAUUCAUGUCUGCAGGAUAUUUAGAGCUACAUACUAUCGACUCUGGUCACACUGCUUUCUUGUGCAAGCAAGAAGAUUGCGAAAAAGGAUUCACCCGACUGGACACAUAUUCAAGACACCAAAUAAGUCAUCAAAAGGACGCCAAACGUUUCCCUUGCAAAUACUGCAAGAAAUACAGAGGAAAGAAUGGCUUCAAACGCAAAGACCAUCUCACCCAACACGUUCGCAACUAUCACCACAUCGGUGAAGAUGACAUCUCUGUCUCGUGCCAUCGUAAGUGGUGCCCAAAGGCAGAUUGCACAAAGUCAAAGCCAGUCGGAGCAUAUUGGUCCUCUACUGAGAAUGCCUUCCUAUCGUCGAAGGAAUGGACCAACCACAUACGCACUGAGCAUGACGAAUCCGCACUCUCCUGCCCACAACCAGGUUGCGAUCGCGUCAACGGCAAAGGCUAUUUCAGCGACGCCGCCCUACGGAGCCAUUUGCGCAAAGUCCAUGGCACGGACGGGUCUUUCGAUACGAGCAUUCGAAACUACCUAGGUAUUUGAAUUCGCACUAAGGCCGAAAACUCGGUAUGAGACGAACCAAGCAGCAAUCAAGCACAGCCGUCUUUUAGUCAUGAGGGGUGGAUUUCCUUUGUUUUUUUGUUUUUCUGUCAAACCAAAACGCUACAAAAACACAUGUAAAAAGAGGCGGCAAGCAUACGAACGUUGUCCUGCUCAAACAUGGAAA